GUGGCGACCGACUGAGUUCAGUCGGAAACGAACGAUCGAACCAUACUUACGUCUCAUUCACACGGCGCACGUGAUUAAAGUUGUUACUUGUUCCCUUCGUCACACGUUUUGUCAUCAAUGAAGUGGUUAUACGAAUUUUAAAAAAGAAAUUGUUGAAUAAAAAACUAACGGAAAGUGUACGAUUAUUGAUAUUCUGUGGACUUUUGUAUCCCAGCAACAGUAUUGUUUGUGAACGAAGGAUGUGCCGGUGCACUAAUUGCUGUUAGCGGAGUGAAGUUUUAUAAUAUGGUGUGAUAAUCUUCAAUAUGCGGUGGUUCAGAAAGGGUGAGCCGCCGCGGCUGCUUGCCGUAUCGCCUGAAACGGAACCUAGAUCAACGCGGCGCUCUAGAAUAGACAUAUCCCCGGUACGCUACUCAAAUCGAAAAAGUAGUAGCAGUUCGGUGGAGACAAACUUCUACAAUCUAAAUGAUCAAGUUAUAAUAGUAGAAAAAUCGCCGCACCCAUGUCACCGCAACGUAGAAACGCCAGUUACUCGGCGCAUUUCAUUGCAAAACAGUCCCACUUCACUACAAGAAAGUUGCAAUUCUAGUCGUAAAAACCGCGGAGGCUCUUUAGAAAAAGAGUACAUGGUUUUUAGAGAAAAACGAAAUCCAUUAUUGGAUAAAGUUAAGAACACGAAAUUGUCCUGCUUUAAGUCAAAUGGACCCUUUCGACAUGGUGAUGAUGCUGCAUCUACAUCUGGUAGCGAAUGUAGCGCUUUUGGGCAUGUAGAAGAUGUAACCCAAUGUCGGUUUGCUGAGGCAUAUCCUGAAACUCAUACUGAAUUUGAAAAUCACAAUCCAUGGGUAAAAAUGCAGAAUUACGACGACGAGGUCUUUUAUGCCAAAAGCCCUGUCGAAUGUAAUUGGCGUGAGGGCAAAUCGUUCACAAAUCGUGGAACUAGAUGCUAUAGCUCAGGUUCAGAAUGUGACCGCUAUCAUGUUAUUCCAAAGACAGUUACAAAAUUAUCUAAAUCUAGUGAUCAAAUUUUUAACGACGAUUACGAGCCUUACGAUAAUGAAUCAACAAUUGCCAUAAAAUCUGAAAGAAAGACUGAUAAAUUUAAGAGUAAAGAUGAUAAAGAUACUAUUGGACCGAGUUCAUGUUUAUCUGCGAAAUUGCGAGCGAUGUCCGAUAGGUAUUUGAAAUCAUCCACAAAUAAAUUUCUAUCAAAACUUUAUCGACAGAAUGGGGAAGAUGAAGAAGGGGCAAGUAGUGCAAAUGAAAAUAGAACGAAGUCAAGUUGUACAAAUGCGAAAAGUCGUAAAAAACGAGGUGGUGUUAAAGCGAAACUAAGAAGUUUCUCGUAUGGCGCGUUACCUGGUUUAGAUGAAUUCCAAAAGGGUCAAAACUCUGUUUUUCAUGACGACGUCUUCAAUAUUUCUUGUGAUGAUGAAAAUGUGUUGAUCCACGAUUGCGAAGAUGCAGACUCUGGUAUAUUGGUCAAUGAAUCCGCUGCAUCCUCAAUAUUUGAUAAUGACAGAAUAUCAACACGCUGUGAAAGUUCCGCAUCACAAACAAAUUACCAAAUACCAUCUCACAGUAGAAGUGUAUCGGGUGAUCAAAGUUACGCGAAAGCUAGGGUUUCACAUAGAAGGAGUAGGGAGAGAAAUGAAUUUCCCAAGCCGAGACCAAGGAAUUCCCAAAGAGCAUUAUCAUUAGACCGUAAAGAAAUAUUAAGGCGAAUGCCAAAGAACUGUGAUAAUGACGAGCCGCAGUAUCUUCAGUUAACCGAAAAACAAAAAAUGCGGCAAAGGGAUGCUAGUCAGGGCGAUUGUGGUAUUCCACCGAUCCCCCCGUGUCGUAAGCCAGUUAAAACUUCUAACAAAUUGCAAGCGGAAUUUAAAGUUGUUAAAAUAAUGAGAAAUAGCCCUACUGAUGAAUUAGGAAUAUUUAUAGCGAAAACGAAACUUUCCGAUGAGGGGCACGUAGGCUAUUUAGUAGCACAUGUCGUUCCAGGAGGUUUGGCUGCGAAAGAAGGCUCGUUACGUAUCGGUGAUGAAUUGCUUAACGUCAAUGGUAGGAGACUGAGAGAUCUAACUAUGUCUGAAGCCAAAGAUGCAUUGCGUUCUGGAGCAUCCGAAAUAGACAUUGUUAUCUGUAGACAAAGGGAAAAAACAUCAGUUGAAGCGCGUCAACGGGAGCCUCCACAUCGAAGUACCCUACUGAUGCGCGAGAGUUCAGUCGACUAUGAAAAUGCUGUUAUCUUAGGGAAGGAAAGAGGCGUUGAUAAACAUGACGUCAGAAUCGUACGUCAUCAGUCCCAGGAUGAAACCGCUUAUAAUCGAAGCGCGUUAUCAACGGCGAAUGAAACAGCUAGCGCGCCAGUCACGCAUUCACAUUUCCUGAAAGGACAGAACGCGAACUAUAGCAGCAUGAAUAAUAAACUCUUGCGCCGACAAGUUGUUAGUUACGGUGGUUCUAAUAAGGAAGGAUUGACAUUAAGUUGUGCUAGUGAUAUAGUGGAUGUUGAUACACCUGAUGGAGUGAUAGAAACUAAUCCAGUGAAAAAUGAGGACGAUAAUGACAUACAAACCCCUAACGCUGCAAAUUUUUGCACAUUACCCCGUCGACCGCGAGCACCAACCCAUACAUACCAUACAAUUACAUUUGAAAAAGGCCACGGCAAGAAACCCUUAGGAUUUACAAUUGUGGGUGGUCGAGACUCUCCAAGAGGUCCUCUUGGCAUAUUCAUUAAAAGUAUUCUACCCCAGGGACAAGCAAUAGAUGAUGGAAGAUUGAAAGCAGGUGACGAAGUGUUAGCUGUGAAUGGGCAAGCAUGUCACGAGCUAGCUCAUACUGAAGCUUUGGCUCUCUUCAAAGCAGUCCGUAAUGGAUCAAUCGAGCUAAGAAUAUGCCGCAGAGUAAAAACAAAUCAAUCUGCUAAAGCCAAAUCCUGUACAGAUCUUCUUAAUGAUGAUGAUUGAACAACAAAAAAGAAGUGUACGAGAGUUAAAUAGAAACAAUAUGCCGAAAAACGGCAUCACAAGGAAAACAAAGUUUAACUGCACCAUGACUUGUACUUCAUAACGGUCUUGUUUAAAUGAUUUCCUUCGUGUAACCCAAACAGUGAAAUCCAUAAUGAUAAAUACAGUUUUCCUGAUAUAUUUAUCCUAAGGGAAGGUCAUGAUUACUUAUUAUAUUUAGACUGAAUUGCAUGAAAUAUAUUAUGAACAUUAAGAUUUAAAGUGCCAUCAAUUAAAAUAUGUAUAGGUCCGAUUUGUUUGUGAUUGAUUUUUGUCCGAUGUUAUGUACAAUAUUUCUUAAAAAGCACCACGCUAAAAGAACAUUUGUUUCAGUACCUGACAUAACGUCAUUUGUAAUCUUUGAAAUUCACAUUAAUUAACAAUUUAAUUAAGAACAAUUCCAAAGACAUUGUUAGUUUAAAUCUACUAUAACAUUAUCUAUGCCCUUUUUUAUCUUAAUCAAAAUGUAUCUAGCAAACUGAUUGCUACAACUAUGUAAAUCGCUUUUCUGUGUAAUUUUUUGUAAAUAAUAAUUCUAUGUUCUUAAUAAAAAUGAAGCAUGAAUUAUAGUCUUAAUCUAUUCCUAAUGAUGUAGCAAAUGCACAAGUUAGACUUGCAUAUGUAUUUGAUUGUAUGAAAAUGUAUUCAAUAUCUACAUCAUACAUAUAAAAUAUGCUAAACUACGCUAAACUUCUUUAUUUAGGUCCAUGUGCAAUACUCAAAAUUAUAUUUUCACACAAGCAUCGAUUUAGUUAAAUUUAAGUUCGACUUGAAUCCAAAUUCUACAGCACUGACAGGAGAAGAGCAAAAUCUUGCAAUAAGAUCUGAUUUCUGUGAUAAGAUGAUGAAAUGUCGUAAUGCUAUAGAUACAGAUGAUAUAAUACUAUUGAUUUCAAUGAUUUUUGUUACUAUAUAGUUAAUAGGUAGCCAGUUGUAUAGAAUUUAUUUAAUUGCAUGAUUAAUCAAUUUGCAAAUUUCGUAUUUAUUCAUAUAAAUCCAAUAAACUAUAACUUUUGACUAUACAAUUACUUGGUGUAGCACAUGUUUACAAUCUUUUUAUAGAAUAUAGAUUUGAAUAUUGCUGUUGAUACCAUUUAUUUUGUACAUAUUAUUGUAAUUAAAUGCAAAUUAUUGAUUAUAAACUAUGUAAAAUA